AUGGGGCAUCUGGUCACUCUUGCAACAUGCUCUCUAAACCAAUGGGCCCUCGACUUUGAAGGAAAUGCGGAACGCAUCAUAGAGAGCAUCCGGCAAGCUAAGGCUGCUGGUGCCACCUUGCGCGUUGGUCCCGAGCUUGAAAUUACCGGGUAUGGCUGUCUGGAUGCCUUUCUCGAAGGCGACACCUUUCUCCAUUCGUGGGAGAUGCUGGCCCGGAUUAUCGACCACCCCGACUGCCAGGAUAUUGUGUGUGAUGUUGGAAUGCCCGUCAGACACCGAAACACCCGCUAUAACUGCCGCAUCAUUUUCCAUAACCGCAAGAUCCUCUUGAUCCGCCCAAAGAUGUGGCUUGCCAACGAUGGAAAUUAUCGCGAAUAUAGACACUUCACACCGUGGCAACGACCCCAGGAGACCGAAGAUUAUUACCUUGAACAGAUUGUCGGCAGGAUUACUGGACAGUACAAGGUUCCAUUUGGCGAUGCGGUCAUUAGCACCAGAGACACCUGUCUCGGUCUAGAGACUUGCGAGGAGCUUUUCACACCCAAUGGCCCUCACAUUCCCUAUGGACUUGCUGGUGUGGAAAUUAUCUCGAAUUCUUCUGGAAGCCAUCAUGAAUUGCGAAAACUCGAUACCCGCCUCAACCUGAUUACACAGGCUACAAAGCUGAGUGGUGGUAUCUACUUAUAUGCUAACCAGCAAGGCUGUGACGGCGACCGUCUCUAUUAUGAUGGAUGCGCAAUGAUUGUCAUUAAUGGCGAUAUUGUCGCCCAAGGAUCCCAGUUCUCUUUGAACGAUGUCGAAGUCGUCACUGCUACUGUCGAUAUCGAAGACGUUCGAACAUACCGGUCUAGCGUCAGCCGGGGAAUGCAAGCAAGCAAGCAAACCCCUUUCCAGCGUAUUGACCUUGAUGUCAGACUUUCUCGACGUUCUGAAGAUGCUGAUCCUGGUCUUACUGUCUCCGAGCCCAUCAAGCCUCGAAUCCAUGCCCCAGAGGAAGAGAUUGCGCUGGGCCCUGCCUGCUGGUUAUGGGACUACCUUCGACGAUGUGGUGUUGCCGGCUUCUUCCUUGCGCUCAGUGGCGGUAUUGAUAGCUGUUCAACGGCGCUUCUCGUGCACUCCAUGUGCUGCCAGGUUCUUAAGGCGGUAAAUGAAGGCAACGAGCAAGUCAUCAAGGAUGUGCGCCGGCUAUGCGCCAAACCAGAAGACUCAGAUUGGCUCCCCACUAGUAGCCAGGAGAUUUGCAUGUGCAUCUUCCACACUUCCUAUAUGGGCACUCAGAAUUCGAGCCAAGAGACAAGGGACCGAGCCAAGAAGCUCGCCCAGGAUAUUGGGUCCUAUCAUAUUGAUUUCAACUUCGACACUGUUGUCAAUGCAAUCAUGAACGUUUUUACCGUUGUGACUAACUUCCAGCCUCGGUUUAAAUUCCAUGGAGGUUCCCCCGCCGAGAACUUGGCUUUGCAGAAUGUACAGGCUCGCAUGAGAAUGGUUUUCUCAUAUCUAUUUGCCUCGCUACUACCUACGGUUCGUCAGCGUCCUGGUGGCGGCGGUUUGCUGGUUCUUGCAUCGUCCAACGUUGAUGAAUGCUUACGCGGCUAUCUGACCAAGUAUGACGCCUCGUCCGCCGAUCUGAAUCCGAUCGGAAGUAUCAACAAGGUUGAUCUCAAGCGAUUUAUUGCUUGGGGUGUUCGUGAAUUCGAUAUGCCUUUACUUACCGAGUUCCUUGAUGCUACUCCAACAGCCGAAUUGGAGCCUCUUGCAGCAGCACAGUCGGAUGAAGUCGAUAUGGGAGUCAAGUACUCGGAGCUGGGCACCUUCGGAUACCUCCGGAAGGUCUCAAAGCUUGGCCCGUGGUCGAUGUACGAGAAGCUCCUUCACAUCUGGGGCAACGAGCUCAGUCCGCGCGAAAUUUACGAGAAGACGCGUCACUUCUUCUACUACUAUUCUAUUAAUCGUCACAAGAUGACUGUCCUAACACCAAGCUAUCAUGCCGAGCAAUACUCGCCGGAGGACAAUAGGCACGAUCUUCGUCAAUUCCUGUACCCGCCAUUCACCUGGGCAUACAAGAAGAUGGAGGAGAGCGUCAAGUUCUGGGAGUCCAAGGGCUGGACGACUGGAAAGGCACAGAAGAAGAGUGUCAAGGCCGAUUAA